AUGGUCGUCGACGGUGUGAUUGGUACUGGUUUGGUAGAUGUUAGAAUUGUAGCAUUGGGAACGGACAGAGUUCUGGUUCGAGGGAUACACGUCUCGACUUGGAUGGAGACUGAGGGGUGGUUUGCUAGUCCAAAAACGCACAGAAGGAAGAAAGGUUGGCGGAUCCUGGAUCACGUGGUGAAGAUUCAGAUGGUGUGGAAGGGGAAGACGAGUCUGAAAGUGAAAAGAGAAGGGGAGUGCCCUCUCUACGAGCGUUUACCUAUGUCUGCUGGACUAGGAGUAGGUGAACUUCGGGCUCGUUUAGGAGUUUGGUUCGGCAGCGUGGUGGCUCUAGAUGGUUCAGGUAGGUCGGCGAUGGGUUGGGAUAUAGCUGGAUGGGUUGGUUGGUGGUCGGCGAUUGAAAAACAGUCAUCAUCGUACCGGCACAUGAAAAUAUUAUCUUCUGAAGACACAUCUGAAGAAUGUCUCCUUCAAAUGGACUUCGCUGAAAACUUCACUUGUAUCUGGCAGGAUGAAAUUCAGUCAGCCCAUUGGAAGCAGCGACAGGUGACGAUCUAUACCAUAAUGAUCACUUACAGAAACAAGAAGUUAUCGUAUGUCAUCAUUAGUGAUUUUUUAAGCCACGAGAAAACGGCUGUAGCAUUCACAUCCACAAUAUUGGAUAUUAUCACCGACAAGUUCCCCACUGUUAGAACUGCAGAUGUUUGGACGGACGGACCGUCAAGCCAGUACAAGAAUAAGUAUAUAUUUGCACUGUUGCCACGUCUUCAGGAUCAACAUGCUGUUAGAAUAAGAUGGAACCAUUUUGCUACGAGUCACGGCAAGGGACCAAAUGAUGGAAUAGGUAUUGUUCAUCGACUGAUUAUGUCACGUUCUACUGUCGUAUCAGAUUCUCAGUCAUUUGCUAAUGCUCUUCGUUCCAGUGGUACCUUAAUCAAUGUAGUAGAACUGACCGAAGAUGAUAUCAAAGAUAAAUGCAAAAUGUUGGAUGUUGAGACGUUAUGGUCUGGUUUACAAAUAUUUCCUGGAACUAUCUCUAGACAUUGUGCUCAGUCCGUUGGGAAUGGAAUGGUUCAGCUGAAGUUUUUCACCACAGAUCCACCCCAAGGCAUGUUCCUGCCAAGUACACAAAGGAAGCAAUUGAAGUCAGUAGGAAAUCGGAUGAAAACUGGAAUUGCACACUUUGUAAGAGGAAAUAUGGUGAUAAAGCGGAUCCAAAAAUUUCUGGAGAAUGGAUUAUGUGCGCCUCCUGUCAAUCCUGGUUUCAUGAAUCAUGUGGGCAGCAGAAUGGUACAUUGUACGAUUGCGACCAAUUCCUGUGUAAAAAGUGUUUGUAAGAACAAGAGUGAAUUUGUUAAAAUUGCUAUGACAUAA